GACGAUAAGCCUCCGCCCCAAGUCAAAAAUCGACGCAUCGCUCGAUUUGAGCUUAGUUUUCUCUCGACAUCUAAACGUAACGUAUCACAACACACAACGAUCGACCGACACAAUGAAACUUUUGCUAACGACUUGUCUGCUGGCAAGUCUAACACUUUCCUGGAGCGCAACGCAUCCUUAUCCUUAUGUGAAUACCUUCGAGAGGGACAUUCUUCGCCUAGCCAAAGCAGCUCACAUCAAGGCUUACAUGUCCGAAGGUGAGCCGCAGCCAUGCGAUAAUUUCUAUAACUUUGCGUGCGGCAAUUGGCCACGUCUGCAUCCCUCAAAACUAUACAACAAGCGAACCAACUAUCUGGAUGAGCUCCAGGAGCUGUUUGUGCGCAAGAGCGCAGACAUGCUAAAGGCAGCAACAUCUAACUCGGACAGCAGCGCAGAUCGCUUGAUCAAGAACUUCUAUAACACGUGUAACGCUGAAGCGAAUAACACAAGUUCGGCAUUAUCGACGCUCCUUGAGGUUACUGAUUUCCGCGGCGGUUGGCCAGAGAUUCGUGUACCCUCCUGGUAUUCGUACGAGUACGAUUGGCUACUUGUGGUGGCCAACUUAAAACGCAAACUGGGAGUGGACAUUCUGAUCGGACUGGAGGUUGUGCCCGACUACAAGGAAGGACACCUGCACCGCUUAAAGGUUGGCGCUCCAAAACUGCCGCUGGGACAUCGUCGACAAUAUAUGGAUGCUGCCUACUAUGGCACUCGAGUGCGUUACGAGCGCAACAUUGCCGAGAAACUUCACAACUAUUUCCCUGAUCAGUCGGAUCUUUGGUGCAAUGAGGUAGCCAGCCAAAUUCUCGAGAUUGAGCAACAGUUGGCCAAGGGCUUGCCACACAACGCCGCGCUUACCAUGGAACAGACAACACGAGAACGCACCCCUUUCGAAUUGAAGGCAGCCUAUGGCAGCUUUGUCGAUGUGAGUCGCUAUCUUCGGCAGAUCUUUAACGAUACUUUGUACGCGGAUCUGUACGAGACACCGGAGGACUAUCUGUCCAAUCUGAUGGAUGUGAUUCGCACCACGCCAAAACUACAUUUGGCCAAUUAUACCAUUUGGCGUGCGCUCGACACCUUUGACCAGGCACGCAUUCCAUCGGGUGUCCAGCCGUCCAUUUGGUGUGUGCAAAUGGUACGUAAAUAUUUCCCCCAGCAGCUGGAGAAUCUCUUCCAUCGCAACUACAACAACAUGCAAAUGAUCAACGAGCUGCAGUCUACCUGGACGGACAUCAGGCGCGUGUUUCGCGAGGAUCUGCAGGCGUCACCGAAUCUACAUUGGCUCUCACUCGACACGCGACAAAAGGCCAUCAAUAAACUGGACAAAUUGGAGUUAAAGUUCCGCACCCAUGACGAGUCUGAGCUCAUACGUCAGCUGUAUGGUUUAAGGGUUAAUGAGGGACACUUCUAUCCCAAUCUGGUGAAUGUGCUGCAAUGGAGCACCAAGCGACAGCUGGCCAAGCUUGUGGAGGAGCCGCAGUUAACGGAUAAGGUGUACAAGUUGCCACACUAUGAGCUGGAGACCAAUAAGAUGCAGAUUCCCAUCACCUUCUUGCAAGCGCGUUUCUUCUGGGACAGCAACUAUCCCCAGGCAUUGAAGUUCGGAACUCUGGGAGUGCUGCUCGCUCGUCAAAUGCUGCAUGGUUUCGACGAUGUAGGACGUCGCUACGAUCGCAAUGGCUACAGAAACAACUGGUGGGACUCAACGUCGGAGACUUCGUUUGCAGAGCGUGCCCAAUGCUUCCAGGAGCAGUAUGCCGUCUUUGUGCAGUUCCAAGAGAAACCUGUGACCGAUAAGGGACUCCAGAGUCGCGUUGUUGCUGACAAUGGGGCACUAAGCAUCGCCUAUCGUGCCUACAUUCAGUGGCUGAAUAACUCACCGGAAUCAGGCAUUGAUUAUCGAGGAGAGCGUCUUCCCCUACUCGAUCACACGCCCCAUCAAUUGUUCUUCCUGGCUUAUGGCCAGCUCUAUUGCAACGAUUAUCCAGAUACUUUGGAGGCGUUUGAUGAGAUACCCGAACAGCUGCGUGUGAACACAGCGUUGUCCAACUCGGAGAAGUUUAUCGAGGCCUUUAGCUGCCCUGUUGGCGCUAAGCUCAAUGCUCGCUUCAAGUGUCAAAUGUUUUGAAUAAGUUAAUCGAAUUAGAAUAAUGUUUAACGCAUUUGAAUAAAACGCCGCACAUUGUUUGCACUUUA